UUCUCUUCCUCUUCCUCUUUCCCUCUCAUUAAACUAUCAAGAUGGAUGACCAUAUUUAUCCUGGCCAAGAAGAAGUCCAAAAGUACGUUGACCGUGUUGACGAACCCAGCUUCCAUGAUUUUAUGAGCAUGCACAGCAAUAAUCUCCCUGGCUGGUCCAUCGGUGCCGCUAUCACUAGUUCCAGACUCUUGUUCAACGUGUGGAAGCGUCGUUUCUUGGAAGAAGUCAAUGAUCAGGCAAAGCUGCCGCCUGCAGCACC